UGGGAAGCUGAAAUGCCAAUGUUUCUAGACCUGAUUUUCAGCUCAGUCUGACUUAUCUUUGCUGAGGACUUGGACUUGACCCUGGCCUCCUCCAAUGCCCUGGCUCUCCGUCUCUCUUCCCCACAUGUGCUCACACCAAAGACUUUCUCUAUAGUAGGACGCCACGACCUAGGAGACAUCGAGGACCCAGACAACUUUGUCCUAGCCCCAGAAGCAGCCAUGGGAGUCUGUGACAUUGGGAAUGACAUCAACAUCUCAUCUGGCCUCAACCUCAACACCACAGGCAUUACAACCUUCUCCAUGGCUGGCUGGCAGCUGGUACUGUGGGCCACAGCCUACCUGGUCCUGGUGCUGGUGGCCGUGACAGGCAAUGCCACCGUCAUCUGGGUCAUCCUGGCUCACCAGAGGAUGCGCACGAUUACCAACUACUUCAUCGUCAACCUGGCACUGGCCGACCUCUGCACGGCUGCCUUCAAUGCUGCCUUCAAUUUUGUCUAUGCCAGCCACAACAUCUGGUACUUCGGCCGUGCCUUCUGCUACUUCCUGAACCUUUUCCCCAUCAUGGCCAUGUUUGUCAGCAUCUAUUCCAUGGCUGCCGUUGCUGCCGACAGGUACAUGGCCAUUGUUCAUCCCUUCCAGCCACGACUCUCAGCCCCUGGCACCAAAGCGGUCAUCGCCGGCAUCUGGCUGGUGGCCUUGGCCCUCGCCUUCCCCCAGUGCUUCUACUCCACUAUUAUCGUGGAUGAAGGUGCCACCAAGUGCUUGGUGGCCUGGCCAGAAGAAAGCAGGGGCAAGAUGGUCCUCCUGUACCACCUCCUGGUGAUCGUUCUCAUCUACUUCCUGCCUCUCAUGGUGAUGUUCGUCGCCUACAGCAUCAUUGGCUUCACGUUGUGGAGGCGCGCAGUGCCCAGAAACCAGAUACAUGGUGCCAAUUCGCGCCACCUGCAGGCCAAGAAGAAGUUUGUGAAGACUAUGGUCCUAGUGGUAGUGACAUUUGCCAUCUGCUGGCUGCCCUACCACCUCUACUUCAUCCUGGGCCACUUCCAAGAAGACAUCUACUGCCAUAAGUUCAUCCAGCAGGUCUACCUGGCGCUCUUCUGGCUGGCCAUGAGCUCCACCAUGUACAACCCCAUCAUCUAUUGCUGCCUUAACCACAGGUUUCGCUCUGGAUUCCGGCUUGCUUUCCGUUGCUUCCCGUGGGUUACACCCACCGAGGAGGAUAAACUGGAGCUCACUCACACUCCGUCCGUCUCCGUGAGGGUUAACCGCUGUCACACUAAAGAAAUUCUGCUCUUCACUGGAGACACGCCCCCCUUUGAGGCUGCCAACGGACAGGGUAGAAGUCCCCAGGAUGGGGUGGCUCCAGAGCCCUGAAGGCUUGGACCUGACUUCAGGGCAAGACUUGGCACUGUUUUGAGAACUAGCCAACCCAGAGGACCAGUUCUGCAAAGUUGGCCCAUGCUCCACCCUUUAACACACCAGUGAGAAAACAAGAUGGAAUCAGGGGCGCUGACUCUUAAGAGAACUCCCUCAACCGUUUCAGACAGUGACUCAGAGAAUUCAGUAAGACUCAGAGGACAGGAUGUGAGUGAACACUUUAUCUAGUCUAGAAGCCGCAAAUCUGCCUGCCUUUCUGAGGCAUACGCUACAGUGAGUGCACCUGGAUUCAGUAUAAAGGAAGAGCUACAAAUGAAGGCAACUGACUUCCAGUGCAGGGGUUCCAGGGAAUGGUAAGGACUGUGG